AUUCGGUCUCCUUUCCUGUUCUUGGUUCCUCUCAUUCGAGACCAAUAAUAGAUUCCCAGUAAUUGCAGAAAAGUUUCUUGUUAAGUUCUCUUGGUUGUUUCGGUUCUGGUUCUGAUUAUUUAGAGAGCAGAAUGUCGCUAGUGGGUAAAGAAUUCCACUGGCUGCUCUCUGUGUCUGCUGGCAUCAUCAUGUGCAAGAUAGUGUAUGACUUAACAGGAGCAAUAAGCCCUUUCUUGUACAAGGGAUACACCAGACUUGAUGACAAAACUCGAGUUGAAUGGAAAAACCGUGGGUUUUCUACCUUUCAUGCUGUGGUUGUUGCUGCUGCAUCUCUAUAUCUCUUAGUCGGAUCGGAUCUCUUUUAUGAUGGCUCUCAAGCAGAAUCAGUUAUCAACAGGACAUCGUCUUUCUCGGACACCAUACUAGGGGUUUCUACUGGUUAUUUUCUGGCUGACUUGGCAAUGAUUUGUUAUUACUUCCCGGCUUUAGGUGGAUUUGAGUAUAUCUUACACCAUGGGCUCUCAUUGUUAUCAAUUGUUCAAAGCCUUGUAAGUGGGCAAGGACUGAUAUACAUAUUGAUGGUUCUGUUUUCUGAGAUCACUACUCCAUUUGUUAAUUUGAGAUGGUACCUAGACAAUGCUAGUCUAAAGAACUCCAGACUUUACCUUUUCAAUGGAGUGGCUUUGUUUUUCGGAUGGUUGGUGGCAAGGAUACUUUUGUUCAUCUACUUUUUCUACCACAUGUUCAUCCAUUUUGAUCAGGUCAAGAAAGUGUAUCCGAUGGGCUUCUGCACCUUGCUCACAGUGCCUCCUGUGUUGACAAUGAUGAAUCUGUUCUGGUUUACUAAAAUUGCAAAGGGUAUGGUGAAAACUUUGGCAAAGUCGCGACACAACAGGUAGUUUUUUUUUUGGGUAGUCGAGUCGGUGCACAAAACAUCAUCAAACACCAUUUCUUGUGAUCUUGUUUUGGUUUUGGAUUAGGGCUGCAGAUAAAUUCCAUAGUUGAUAGAAACAAAAAAAAAGUGAAUUUUGUCUUUUUUUCAUGUUACAUCGAUUGGGGUUUCGUUGAAUGCCCCGCGAUUCUUGCAAUGGCUAGUGAAACUAGGGAUUUGGUGUUAGGCAUUUUUUUGUGUGGUUUUUAGAUCAAUAUUCAUUUCAUGAACCUUAAUACAUAAAAUGAUUAUAUGUAU